ACGAAGGUAAAAAAAAGCAUCGUCACCGCGGACCUACGAACGGACGUACGGACGUCGCGCUGCAUGCUGGGAUACCUUGUUCGCCAUUCAAGAUGGCGGCCAAAAUCGCAGGAAAUCUGGAAGGUUGCAACGUUUCCAUAAUCGUUCAGCAGCUGCAGGGGGCGUAUGAGCGAGGGCAGCUGAAGAAUGCCCUGUACCAGUACUGGGCACAGCAGGUGCCCAAAAUAUUCUUCACUUCAGCAGAGGUGGCCAUCAGCACACAGAGGACACCUGAUGCUGUCCAGGCAGAGGAAAAACUUUCAAGGGAUGUACUGUUUGAGCCGCUGGAGUGGUUCCUGUGUGGAGGGAACCCAGCCGCAGUGUUUCAGCAGCUUCAGUCCCUCAACAACCCUCCCCAGCUAUGUGGGAAGGUCUUCAAAGUGGGAGAGCCAACAUACUCCUGCAGUCUGGAGGUGGUGGGUACUGUGACUGUGGUGAUGUGGAGGCAUGGAAGCAGGAUCCCUGGUGUGACAUCCACAAACAGGGACUUGGACAACAGAGUCAGAACCCGAUAGAAAAGCUUCCCCCAGACGUUGCUGCCCGUGCCUGGGAGGUACUGAAGAUUGCCCUGCAGUAUGCUGUGGACAUGCUGCUGUGGGAGCAGAUGGGCGGACUACCCCAGGACCUGGAACCUAGUGUUUCCCAGAAUACAUACGUGACAAUGCUGUUCAAUGAUGAGAUCCACACUUAUGAACAGGUCAUCAAUGCCUUGACAAAAGCCAUAAAUUGCGAGUCGAAGGAAGCAGUCGAGUUUGCCACUGUGGUGGACAGAGAGGGGAGAAGCUCCGUCAGAUAUGGCAACCGAAAAAGCUGUGACGAGGCCCGCACUGUCAUUCAGAAGAGCACAUCAUCAGUGCGCUCCAAGCCCCUGAAGGUGGAGGUGAUGCACACGUCUGUGUGUGCACAUCAGGCAUUCGCACAAAAAGUGCUGAAUUGGCUGGGGCAAGUCGUCAACCAUUCAGAUGGCCUGAGACAUAUCCUGUGCACCACUGCGCUGCAGCAGCCCCCUACAGGAGACCCCUGUGUGGUAGAGAGGCUCAUGUUGGCAGACACUGCACUGUGGAAGACUGCUCGAGUCCAGUGUCACCAGAUCAUGAUGGGCAGUCUUCUUAUGGAUCAGGAGAGCAAGAAGCAGUUUUCUGUCCUGUACACAAGGAACUACCCCCAGGUCCAGAAGGACUUCAUGGCUGAUGACCAUGACCACGGUGUGUCCAUCAUAUCCCUGUCUGUCCAGAUCUUCACUGUCCCCACUCUGGCUCGAUACCUGAUCAUGGAGCAUGACUUACUGGCCAUAGUGAUCCGUACGUUCCUGGACCAGUGUGCCAGCUGUAGACACGGCAGGUACCUGCUGGACAGGGAGAAGCUACAGAAGAACUUCAGGAGGCUGCAGUUCCCACUGUUGGACCUCAAGUAUGUGCUGUCCAUGGUACCAGACCAGUGGAAUGACCAGUUGAAGAGAAAGUUCUUGAAUGGUUUCAAGAUAAUGGUGGAACUGCUGACCUCGAUGCAGGGCAUGGACUCUGUGACUCGGCAGGUGGGGCAGCACAUAGAGAUGGAGCCUGAGUGGGAGUCAGCCUUCAACCUGCAGAUCAAAUUGGCCCCUGCUGUAGCCAUGAUGGCCGGCUGGUGUGCCACAGAUAAAAUGGUGCUGAUAGAUGCUUUCAGGAUUGUUGUGAAGGCACUGCUGGAAAUCAGAUGUCUGCAGACACAGUCAAGAUGUGCAAGAGGAGAGGCUGACCCAUUGCAUUUUGAUAAAGAUAACAUUAAGAUUAAGAAGUGUCCCGAAUAUAGUUUUUGUGACCAGGAAGCCAUAGUUGUUGACUACACUGUGUCCAGAGAGCCUGUCAGCAUCCAUCUCCCCAUCUGUAGACUUCUGGCAGGGUUGUACCUCCAGCUGGGGAAGCAUGGCCUCACCUUCAACUCUCCAGAACUCUACGGACCUCUGGAUUGGACAAGUCCUCAAGCCCGAUUGUCCCGGGCAAGUGAAAUAGCCCAUCGGGCAAGCGCAUGUCCUACCCCACUAGUGCUUGCCCGAUCGCAACCCCCCAGUGCUAUGGACCUGCUGGAGCAGCCCUUGAGGACCCUAGUCAUGAUAGCACAGGUUCAUGCUGAGAUGUGGAAGAGGAAUGGGUACUCACUGUUUCACCAGGUGUACUACUACCACAAUGUCAGAUGUCGGGCUGAGAUGCAGGAUAAGGAUAUCAUCAUGCUGCAGGUUGCUUGUGCACAGAUGGAUCCCAACCAGUUCCUCAUAGCCCUUCUCAACAAGUUUGAGCUGAUGAACUGGAUUGAGGGAGACUUUGAUGACUUUAUUCGGUUAUUCUUUUAUGGUCGAAGGAGGGACGUGACGGAGAAAGGCAGCUCUGCGACAGAUGUGAGUGCAGAAAGUACUAGGGAUCUUCUGAGGUUCACCAAUAGUUUGGUGGAAGAGUUUCUCACCUUCCUGAUCAUAAUCACUGGUGAGAGGUAUGUCCCAGGUAUAGGACAGGUGAGUUCGGAGGACAUGGUGAGGAGGGAGGUUAUCCACCAGUUGUGUAUCAGCCCCAUGGCACACAGCGAACUCUCCAAGGCCCUGCCGGAAAACAAUAAUUACGAAACUGGUUUGGAAGGUGUGGUGCACUCGGUCGCUUCCUUCAAGAAACCAGGGGUGACAGGAAUGGGUCGGUAUGAGCUGAAACCAGAAUUCUACAAGGACUACAACCCAUUCUUCUACCACUACACCAGGGCUGAUCAGUCCAAGUCAGAAGAAGCUCAGUUGAAGAGGAAAAAGCAAGAAGGAGAGAGUACUGCCUGCCCUCCCCCUGAACUGCCUGCCCUGAGUAAGGAGUUCAGCAGCCUGGUCAAUGUGCUGGAGUGUGACGUGUUUGUCCACACCAUCCGGAUGGUCCUCCGAAGGGUCAACUCCUCCAGGUCCAGGUCAUGGACGGAAGCCAUGGUGCACAGGGCUCUUCAUCUAGUCGGCAUGGCUCUGAAUGAAGAGAAGAGACUUUACCAGACCAGCCCCUACAUCCGCUUCAACUUUGUCAAGAAAGCUACAGAAGGGGGCUCUAAUAGCCUGUACUCAGCUCUUCAUGACUUGUUGGGAAAGCCAAGAAUCCAGAACCAUGCAGAUCUUCUUACAUGGGUGAUUGAUAGAUUUGAUGAAGUCAAGGAUCUGAAAGAUCAGAAACAAGGAGCAAGUGACGCUCAGAAGGCCAAGAAGGUCUCCAGUAAGAGUAAGACAGAUGCUGAGAGGAAGAAGAAAGCAGAGGCGGCCAGGAAGAGGAGAGAGAAGAUUCUCGCCCAGAUGUCGGACAUGCAGAAGUCCUUCAUCAGAGACAACCUGGAGCUGUUUGAGGCUACCGGGACUGAACUGUCAUCAAGUCCGUCCAUGGAGGUAGAAGGAAGUCCGAUGGUGGUGCCAAGCCAGUACCCGGUGGCGGUGGGUCCAGACAGGAGUCCGGCCACCCAUGUGACACUGACCACGUCCACCUGUAUCCUGUGUCAGGAGGACCAAGAAGUGGCGGCGGGGAACAAGUGUGUGGUGCUGGCAGCAUACGUCCAGAGGUCUACUGCCUUAUCAAAAUCCAGAGGCAAGGUGUUAGAGGACCCAGAUAAGUACGACCCCUUGCUGGUGAGUCCGGACCUGUACCAUGGUGUCCACACCAGCACCUGUGGACAUGUCAUGCAUGCAGACUGCUGGCAGAGAUUUUAUGAAGCUAUAGUUGCCAGGGAACAGAGGAGAGCCCUGCGGUUCCGUCACAUCCUGAGCUAUGAGGUUGACCGAGGGGAGUUUCUGUGUCCACUCUGCGAGACCCUCAGCAACACCGUCAUCCCAAUCCUUCCUCCGUCUGCCACCAUACAGCCUGACAGUGUGUCUGCGGACAUCAGUCUGAGCUUCAGUGAUUGGCUGGACGGGCUGAAAAAGACGGUGGAAGCGAGUCAACAGGCCAUGAUGAAGGAAGAGGAGGACAAAAUGGAGUCUUCAGAUGACAUGCCUGUGCUGUCCCCCUGCCCCCUACCCAGCAUCACCAAGAACAUGGCAGAGAUGGCUGCUCAGGGCUUCCAGCAGCUGUUUGAGUACAUGACAGAAACUGGUGCUCGAGCCCCUUACUCUGACAGUGUGAAGGAAAUGAUGAAGCUGUUUUCCAGAGCUACCUACACGAACAUGCUGCAUGACCCGCCCCUUCCUACCAAGUUUGGACUGGGGCUGGAUCCCAACGAUGAUGAUGACAGGGUUCCCAUCACAGCCUGGGGAACGUGUGCCUACACAAUACGGACACUAGAAUGGCUACUUAGGGAUCAAGGCAAACCACUGUUUGGUUCCCUUUCCUCCAGACAGGCUGACUGUAUAACAGCUCUAGUCAGGGUGGUGACUGUCAGUGGAAGUCUCUCUGAUCCACAGACUAUCAGCAAGAGCGCCCUGAGGCUGUUGUCAGCAUUACUACCCCAGGAGCCUAUGAAGAACAUCCCCUGUAUCCUGGACCUGGACAUGUUCUUUACUCUGGUGUUUCUCCAUGUGACCAUCUCCAGCCUGUACUGUGAUGAGAACACUGCUGCAGGUGGCACCAUCAGGGGGGUAGCUCUGAACGACAAACACCUGAUGCACCUGGUCACAGCUGCUCACCUGGUCCAGAUCCUGCUGGCGGCAAAUUUCACCUCUGCAGAUACACCAAUGGACACUGAGGAAACAGCAGAAGGCAGUGCCUGGGUCAAGCUCUUCAUGGCUGUCAGAAAGGAGGCAGGGGUACAGACGCCUGUGGUUCCAUCUGGAUGGCAGCUGCAGACGUACGUGCGUGAGUCUGUUCUGCCCUUCCUGCGCUGCAGUGCCCUGUUCUUCCACUGUCACACAGGAGUGCAGAGUCCUGCACAGCUACAGGAGAGUGGAGUAUCAGAGUUUGAGCCCUUGUGUCAGUACCUGGCCCUGCCUGCAGACCUGUCCAGCCUACUGCUACAAAACAGUGGUGCGGAUGUAGGCCAUUCAGUCCCACAUACCAUACACAGUAAAUGGUGCCGCUACCCUGGUAUCAAGGAGAGCCUUGCCUCAGGACCUGCCAGUCUGGUCAAAUACCCUGUUGAGGUGAACAGACUGGUUCCCCUGCCACACGACUACAGUGAUGUCAUCAACAGAGGAUCCGUCUUCACCUGCCCCAUGUCUGAUGGUGAUGACAGCCGUGCCCCCACCAUGUGUCUGGUGUGCGAACAGAUGCUGUGUUCCCAGUCCUACUGCUGCCAGACAGACCUGGAAGGGGACCUGUGGGGGCCUGCACCGCACACUUCUACACCUGUGGCGCACGUGGGUGUACAUGUGGGGUGGGGAUAUUCCUCAGGUGGGUGUACAUGUGGGGCUGGGGUGGGGAUAUUCCUCAGGUGGGUACACAUGUGGGGCUGGGGUGGGUACACAUGUGGGGCUGGGGUGGGGAUAUUCCUCAGGGUGAGGGAAUGCCAAAUCCUCCUACUAACUGGAAAGACGAAAGGCUGUUUCUACCCUUCACCUUAUCUGGAUGACUAUGGGGAGCAUGACCAGGGACUAAGACGAGGGAACCCCCUGUACCUGUGCCAGGAGAGAUACAGGAAGCUGCAGAAGCUGUGGCUGUCCCACUCCAUCCCCGAGGAGGUGGUUCACUUCAUGGAGGCCAACGCCAGCUUUGCUACCAUUGAGUGGCAGCAUCUAUGAUCCCAGCUUCUGUCACAAGUCUUUGUAAAGCCCCUGUCACAUGGCAGGGAAAUCAAAUCAGCGGAGUCUGCACUUUUUUGCAACCAAUGUUUGCAGGUCACAGAGCCCCAUCCACUGUGAUGGUGUAGGUAAAAGAAUAUGCUGGAGUGUCUGAUGAUUUUUUUUAAUUUGGCGAGAUUUUGGCAAUUUACAAAUAUGGCGGAAUCUUGUCAUCUGCGUGACAGGGUCUUCAACUUUAAGCCGGCAUCACCGGCAUGACCUUCGACCGCAUUUUUUCAUCCCCAGAACGUCACUGAAUUUCACAAGCAUCAGGGAGCUGAGUGUUUUCUUUUGCUUGACAAUCUACUCUGUUAUAUUUGACAGGGUUUCUUGACCUGCAACAUAGGCCAGUCGCUACAAAUAGUAACCUAUUUUGCACAUUUCUGGCCAAAAAUGUCCUUUUGCAGACUUGUUGAGCAAGCUGUUUUCCUACUGGGUGAUGCUGGCUUUAUAAGACAUCAUACUUUCUCAUUUCUGUCCAGGGAAAGUGAUUCAUGCCUAUGAUUGCACUACAUACACACUACUAUGUAGAUGUCAAUGUCAUUGCAAUUUGAAUUCUGGUGAUUUUAGGUGAAAGCUUUGCUUUGUUUUCUUUCAUUUUGGCGAUUUCAUUAUUUCUGCUUACUUGUGGCUCUGCCCUAAAUUUUUGUUCUCCUUGUCUCUCCUCUAAAAAUAUAGAAUGAGACAUUACCUGUAGGCGUCAGGUAUCCUCUCUAGAGGUUUGAGUGAGCAGUACACAAAACAUUCUAUUCCAUGGGUUUAAUGUUUCCUUACUAAUUACUGAGUGUAAUUCUAGUGGCAUCUAAACAUCGGGUCACUCCUCAAUGGCACAAGGCUGACUUCAUGUCAUGAGAAGGUUACACCUAUUAUGUCCGUGUGGCCAAACAUGCCCUGUGGAUGAAGGAUGCAGGAGUAUCGAUGUGUAACCUCUGUGUACAAUGUGUUCAUGUAUGAAUUAUUUAUUCAGGAAGAUGUGCAUUGUCAACAGCUUCCAGUUGGGAUAAAAUUUGUCAUGGCCAGUUACAAGGCAGGUUAUUGUAAAAGAAAAUCUUAUCCUAUCAAGACAAGAUACUGCUGGCUCAAGGAAAAGACAAGAAAGAAUGAUUUUAGAAAAGAGGAAUGGGUUUGGAGCUUGUAGAUUCUUGGUGGAUAGAAUGCACAUGUUAAAUGCAACUCUUUAGAGACAGGGAUGGAACUUUAAUGCCUUCCAACCCAAAUGCAAGAUAUGAUAUUGACAUGUAUGGUAGGAAAGAUGUGUUUUUGUUUAAUUUUACACAAAACAUAACAUUUGUCAUGUACAGUCCCUUAUGCUGUCAGCUGGCUCAUGCAUAAAUGUAAAUAAUCAUGUAUAGAUGAAGCUUUAUGCUAAGGACUAACCUGUGUAUGCAUGUGAAUCUUGUGUAAGAGGUUUUCCAUCAAGCUAUGCAUAGAUUGUAAUAUAAGAUUUACCAAUACAAAAGAGUUGCUGUGCAUGGACAAUUAAAACAUUGAAUAUUCUAACACAAAGACUUCAGGAAUUUGAUUUCAUUUGAUCAUAUCUCCAUAAGUGCUAUCAGAUGUAUUGUAUUGUAUGUCAUUGGAAGCAUGUUUAUUACCCUUUACAAUAGUACCCCAUUUGUUGUCAUUGUACAUUCUUGGGUUGAAUACCAGGGCUAAAGGUUGCAAAUAAAAAUUGCUGGAAUUUUACUCUACCAUGUCUGUUAUCUUUUAAUUAUUAGCAUAAUAUAUUAUUGGAAAGCUUGUAUAUUUCCCUGUAAAAGGAUACCUUGUUUGUUAUGAUCAGGCUUUUGUGCAAUGAAUACUAUGAUGGUUUGCAUAGUGGGUUGUACCCCCAAGUGCUGAAAUUCCCCUGCCAAUUCCAGACAUUGUGUUAGUAGGGAAACUGUUUUGUGAAGUUCUCUGUUAGCUCUGGUGUUUGACAUUUGAAUGUAGGAUCAUGACAAGUAUGGUAUCAUUCUAAAGGGUAGUAGUUAAGCUUUCCAUCGACAUGUGUAUGUAAUACUAUACGAUUGAUAAGGUAAUAAAGGAGAUAUGAUUGUUGAAAGUCAGUUUCUGUGCUUUUUUAUGCUCAGUGUAUUACAGCUGGUGUUGAAGGGAAUGAGACAUGCGUGGGUCUUUGUUUUCAUUCAUUCAACUUAUUAAAUCACUUUGUUGACAUACUCUG